AUGGGUACACAUACACAUUUAGAAGAUUUGUCAAAUGAAAUUUUCUUCGAAAUAUUUGAUUAUUUACAUGCACUUGAUAUUUUUACUGGUUUUGCUUCAUUAAAUAAACGAAUUUUAUCUCUUCUACAAUCAAUUCGACUUCAUGUUAUCAUCUUAAAUAGUAAUUAUGAUCGAGAAAUUAAUUUUCUUUCUUUUCAUCUUAUCUUUCAUGCUCAUCAAGUCAUAUCACUAAAAUGUUAUGAUACAAUUCGUAAUCGUUCAUCUAUUAUUAGUCUACUAUGUAAUCGACAUCAGUUUGUUAAUCUUCAUUCAUGUAUAUUUAUAAUAGAUAGUAUGUCAUCUCAACUUGAAAAUACUAUUAAACAAAUUCAAAGUUUAAAUAGAAUUGUUUCAUUUUUAUUAUUCAAUCGGAUAAUAAAAAAAUCAAUGAAAACGAUAAAUAUGAUAUAA